UCAACAACACAAAGUCCACCCACCACCAACCUCCACCGCCCUUACUGCACCUAAAGGGAGGAAGGGACACGGGCAGAAAGGUCACGCUCGGUCUCCUAUCAGGUAUUUAAAGACCGCACAAGGGCGCAAGCAACAUUACGGUAAGACUCCACCUCUACGACAACAUGCUUCGUUUGGUUCUCCUGGCGAUGGCGGCGGCGGCGGUGACGGCCACCCCCACCGUGCCCCUCCAGGCCAAGGCGAUGUACAACUCAGGGCUCUUCCAGGGUGACAUCAAGGGCAUCGCCGGACAGGAGCCCGGGCACGAGAGGGCGGCCAUCCUGGGGGACCAGUACCUGUGGACCAACGGCAUCGUGCCCUACGUCCUUGGCAGCUCCAUCACCUCCAGCCAGCAGACCGUCAUCCUGAACGCCAUUGCGGACUUCCACUCCAAGACCUGCCUCAGAUUCGUCGAAAGGACGACCGAGGCCAACUACAUCGAGAUCGUCUCCAACGACAGCGGGUGCUGGUCGUACGUGGGCAUGCUGGGCGGCAUGCAGCGACUCUCCCUGGAUGUCAACGGCUGCAUCUACGUGGGCACGGCCAUCCACGAGCUGAUGCACGCCGUCGGCUUCUACCACGAGCACUGCCGCAACGACCGUGACGACUACGUCACCAUCCACUACGAAAACGUCCAGGAAGGGUACGCGUACGCCUUCGACAAGGACACGUACUGGCGGUACGUGGGCGAGAACUACAACUACGACAGCAUCAUGCACUACGGCACGUACGCCUUCUCCAUCAACUGGGGCGUCGCGGAGACCAUCGUGCCCACCGACCCCAACGUGGUGCUGGUGGAGGCCUACGACAAGUUCGAGAUGAGGCAGACCGACGCCAACCAGAUCAACAACCUCUACACCAGCGAGUGUGCGCGCCGCAAGGACUAACGUGUAGCCUGCCGCUAUAAAUAUUACUGACACAGACCAAGCACGUAUUUGCCUUCAGCAACCUCCCACGAGUAUACCUGAUGCAGGGAGUGUGGCCGUCAGCGCGGACACACCCCAGACCUAUAGUGUGUAGCUUGCCGCUAUAAACAUUACUGACACAGACCAAGCACGUAUUUGCCUUCAGCAACCUCCCACGAGUAUACCUGAUGCAGGGAGUGUGGCCGUCAGCGCGGACACACCCCAGACCUAUAGUGUGUAGCCUGCCGCUAUAAACAUUACAGACACAGACCAAGCACGUGUUUGCCUUCAACGACCUACCACGAGCAUACCUGAUGCAGGGAGUGUGGCCGUCAGCGCGGACACACCCCAGACCUAUAGUGUGUUGCCUGCCGCUAUAAACAUUACUGACACAGACCA